AUGGUCAACAUCAGGAUCAAAGAAUAUAAGAAGCGUCCGUGGACUUACACCGAGAUUGUCCUCUCCGCUAUGCUCUUGAUUGUGAGCAGUGCAUUAGCAGGUUUUCUCGCACUUUUUCCAUCGACAACAAGAGGGCAGCUCAUCACUGCAAAAGUAUCAAGAAGCAUGAAGUUAAAACAUUGUCAUCAAGACAAAACUGUUUGUACAACACCUGAAUGUGUCAUGGCAGCGGCACGACUUCUUCAGAACAUGGACAGCAGUGUUGAACCAUGUCAGAACUUUUAUAGAUACGCCUGUGGGGGCUGGCUGGACCGCCACGUUAUCCCAGAGACCAGUUCCAGAUACAGUGUUUUUGAUAUACUUAGAGAUGAGAUGGAGGUCAAACUCAAGGGAGUUCUGGAGACAGAGAGUAAGCACGAUCGAGAGGCCUUUCGUAAAGCAAAAACUCUGUAUAGGUCCUGUAUGAAUGAGAGUUUAAUUGAACAGCGCGAUGCUCAACCUCUAUUGGACCUUAUCGAUUUUGUUGGAGGCUGGCCUGUAGCAUCAGACAGUUGGGAUGACUACAAAAAUAGAGAAUGGAGCCUAGAAGACACAUUGGCCAUGUUUAAUUCACGAUUCCACAAGAGGGUGCUCUUUGACUUAUUUGUGUGGACAGAUGAUCUUGACUCCAGUCGCUACAUCCUCUAUAUUGACCAGCCAGGGCAGGGGUUGCCGACUAGGGAUUACUACUUCAGUGAUGGGAAAUACAAAAUGGUGCGAGAUGCCUACCUUCAGUUCAUGAUUUCAGUCAUGCAAAUGACACGUGAGGCUAGGAAUCUAACAAAAGAUGAGGAACAAGUCAGGAAGGAUGCUUUGCAAGUCAUGCAGCUAGAGACGGACAUUGCAAAUGCUACGUCUCCUGUGCAGGAGCGGCAAGAUGUCACGCUUCUAUAUAACAAGAUGAGGCUCACUGAUCUGCAGCACAUGUUCAAUGUGAAUGGUUUCAACUGGACCCGGUUCGUGCUGGGAGUUAUGUCUAGUGUAUCCAUAGAAAUAAGCCCACAGGAAGAGGUGGUGGUUUACUGCACCCCGUAUCUGCUUAAGCUGGGCAGCGUGCUUGCGAAACACAAUAGCAGGACUCUAAGGAAUUAUCUCACCUGGCACCUGAUCGUAGACAGAGUCAGUAGUCUCAGUCGCCGCUUUAAGGAUGCACGAGCACAGUACAAGAGAACCAUGUAUGGUACCACCUCAGCCGAUGCACGUUGGCGAGAAUGUGUCCGCUACGUUCAAAGCAGCAUGGAGAAUGCCGUGGGAGCCCUUUAUGUCAAAAAAACCUUUGCUGGGGAGAGUAAACGCAUGGUGCGUGACCUGAUCAGUAACAUUCAGGAGGCAUUUGUAGAGAUGCUAGAGGAACUUAGCUGGAUGGACAACCAAUCAAAGGAGAAGGCCAGAGAGAAGGCUAUGGCCAUUCGGGGUCAGAUUGGGUACCCUAAUUAUGUUCUGGAAGAUGGCAAUAAGAGGCUGGAUCUGGAAUAUGCACAUCUCAACUUCAGUGAGGAGAGAUAUUUUGAGAACAUGUUGGAGAACUUACAAUCAAUUGCGCAGAGGACCCUGAGGAAACUUAGGGAGCCAGUGGAUCCAGACUUCUGGAUCAUUGGUGCUGCAGUCGUCAAUGCUUUCUACUCUCCAAACAGAAACCAGAUAGUGUUUCCUGCUGGGAUUUUACAGCCGCCUUUCUUCAGUCAGAACCAGCUCCAGGCUCUGAACUUUGGAGGGAUUGGAAUGGUCAUAGGUCAUGAGAUCACCCAUGGUUUUGAUGAUAACGGGAGGAAUUUUGACAAAGACGGGAAUAUGCUGAAUUGGUGGAGCAAUUUUUCUGUAGAGCAUUUCAAGGAUCAGUCACAGUGCAUGGUACAGCAGUAUGGUAACUUCACCUGGGAACUUGCAGGAGGACAGAAUGUCAGUGGCAUCAACACUUUAGGAGAAAACAUCGCAGACAACGGAGGAGUGAGACAGGCCUAUAAGGCCUACUUGAAGUGGAUUGAGAGAGAAGGCGACGAGCCUUAUUUACCAGGCUUAGAUCUGAAGCACAAACAGCUAUUCUUUCUGAACUUUGCACAGGUUUGGUGUGGCACAUAUCGUGCUCAAUAUGCAAGUCAGUCAAUUCGAACAGAUUCACACAGCCCACUAGACUACAGAGUUUUGGGAUCUUUGCAGAACUUUGAUGCCUUCUCUGAGGCUUUCAGUUGCGAACCUGGUAGUCCAAUGAACCCACAUACGAAAUGCCGUCUGUGGUAGGUCUUGGUGACCUCUUGUGUGGAUAUGGGGAGAUACUGCUUUGAUAAAAAACAUAAUAAAACUUUAUGGGAUCCAUGAGAUAUGAG